CCAACCGGAAGGUCCACAACUGGGUUGGUGGAACUCACCUACAGCGCCUAAUCUCCCAUCUCUUAUCUCCUGACUUUCCCUUUCCCCAACUACCCCAAAGCACCCGAUUUCUUCUUUCUCCCACCCUGCCCCCAAAUUUCCUCCGUCGACUGGGCAAAGAAGUCGGAAAUCAAGUGAAUUUAACGACAUGGCAUCCGAAUCGGCGGAGCAGAAGCCGGAGACGCCGCCCAAUUUCUGGGGGGACAUGCCGGAGGACGAGUACUACGCGUCCCAAGGGGUGAAGAAUUCCCAAUCCUACUUCGAAACUCCCAACGGCAAGCUCUUCACCCAGAGCUUUCUCCCCCUCGACAAACAAGUCAAGGCCACCGUCUACAUGACCCACGGCUACGGAUCCGACACCGGCUGGCUCUUCCAGAAGAUCUGCAUCCAUUUCUCCACCUGGGGUUACGCCGUCUUCGCCGCCGAUCUCCUCGGCCACGGCAGAUCCGACGGCCUCCGCUGCUACAUGGGCGACAUGGAAAAAAUAGCUGCAACCUCAUUGUCAUUCUUCAAGCACGUUCGUUACAGCGAAGAAUACAAGGACCUGCCGGCCUUCCUCUUCGGCGAGUCCAUGGGCGGGCUAGCCACCAUGCUCAUGUACUUCCAGUCCGAGCCCACGACCUGGACGGGCCUGAUGUUCUCGGCCCCACUCUUUGUGAUCCCGGAACCCAUGAAGCCCAGCAAGCUCCACCUGUUCGCGUACGGCCUCCUGUUCGGCCUGGCCGACACCUGGGCGGCAAUGCCGGACAACAAGAUGGUCGGGAAGGCCAUCAAGGACCCGGAGAAGCUGAAGAUCAUCGCCUCGAACCCUCGCCGGUACGCGGGCAAGCCGCGGGUCGGGACGAUGAGGGAGAUUGCCAGGGUGUGCCAGUACAUACAGGACAAUUUCUCGAGGGUCACUGCGCCGUUUCUGACAGUCCAUGGCACUGCCGACGGGGUCACCUGUCCGAGUUCGUCGAAGCUGUUGUACGAGAAGGCGAGCAGCGAGGACAAGAGCUUGAAGAUCUAUGAAGGGAUGUACCACUCGUUGAUACAGGGGGAGCCUGAUGAGAAUGCGGACAUUGUGCUGAAGGAUAUGAGGGAGUGGAUUGAUGAGAGGGUUGAGAGGUAUGGCUCCUAACUAAAUGAUCAUAAGAAGGUGAAAAUUGUCAUUUAUGUUUGAGAAUUUUUUUUGGUUGAAAAAAAGAGGAUAUUCUACAUUGCUUACAAUGUUGAAUCUCUCCCUUAAUUUAUAUGGGUUGGGAAAUUGGAGAGGGCGGCUCGUAUGUUGUAUUGUUGUGGGACUAUGAGACUCUGAUCAUGUUUGUCUAAGGAUCUGCCGCCUUGUUGCACUGAAAAAACAUUCAAAUAUGUAACGUUAAUAAAUUGAGAUUCAUUACCAAUAUACAUUAGCAUGGAUUAGGGUAAUGUAAUUAAGAUUAAGUUAACAUCAGACAUCUUGG